AUGGGGAGCAUGACUGGGGUCAUGCCUCCACCCCCCGGGGUGACGCCUGAUUUCGACUAUUCCAAUCCCAAGAAUUUUAAGAAGGAAAUGAUCAUUUUUGGCAUUGGGCUCUUUCUCAGCACUAUAUUAUUGGCCAUGCGUGUAUUCACGCGGGCAGUUCUGUUGUCAAAGUUCGGAUGGGACGAUGUGUCAAUCAUCAUAGCCUGGGUUCUCUCUCUAGCAACACAAAUUGCGUGCAUUCUGAGCUGCGUAUAUGGUGGAGCUGGAAUCCAUAUGUGGAAUGUGACCCCAGCCAUGUUCGAUGUCUAUCAAAAGACCAUCCUGGCGGCCGCCGUGAUUUACCUGCCUGCCCUCGCAUUCGCCAAAGUCGGCCUUAUCAUCCUCUAUCACCGUAUCAUCAACAAACAACGCGGCUAUAAAUGGGCACUUCACAUUAUCUCGGGGAUCAUUUGCGCAUAUAGUAUCGCUAUUUCCUUGGCCUUGAUCUUUGCCUGCAACCCCAUUCAGAGGAGUUGGGACUCCUCGAUCACACGGGGGUCUUGUAUUGAUCGGGCUGGCUUGUACAUUGCAACGGCGGUCACCAAUAUCGUUUCGGACUUGGCUCUGAUUGUGGUGCCUGUUCCGCUGGUGUUAGGCCUACAAAUGCCGCGAAUCCAAAAGGUUGGACUUCUCGGCAUGUUUAUUGUUGGUUGCGGUACAUUUAUUACGAGCAUUUUGCGACUCACAACCUUGAUCCCAACCCUUACGGCCACGGACGUUACAUACGCAAUAGCAGAGGCACAACUUUGGAUUUAUGUCGAAGCGAACCUAAUUAUUAUUUGUCCCUGUCUGCCAUUCCUCCGACAGUUUCUGCGAGCCUACUUACCUGCCUGGAUUGGUGAAGGUAGCAGCCGCGGCCGACGCUACGUCGGUUACUAUGGUUCGACGGCGACUCCGCGCAGCCGUCGCAAGCAGGGCCUCACUCUUCUCCAGGAUGACAUCGCACUCGCCGAGAGCACGACAAGCACCCACAGCCAUUCGCAUAUUGUCAAAGAGGUUCAGUGGCAAGUGACAGAAGAGCGCCGGAAUGUGGAGUCGCCACCCAAUCUUGGUCUAUCUCAAGAACCUCAUGCACCCCAUGGACUAUAG